CAUCAACCACCAGCGGUGAAAGUGAAGUUUUCAAAUAAUUCUACUCCUCAGCCUUGGAGUCUUCCAGUUGAAGCCCUACUCAUAAUGGAGUAGAGAAAAGCCAUCCCAGUUGUGCUCUGUCUGGAUUUCAGAGGCACAGAAUCUGUCAUCUCCCUCCACGCCCCUCUCUCUUGGCCCGGGCAGCCGGCAGGCAGGGAAGUGUCGUAAAGCCAGGCCCAGGAAACUUUACCCGGGGUAACAGCCGAGGCGCUUUACGGCGACGGCGGCUGAGUGAGAACCUUGGCGGCUGUGGAGGCUGCUGCGGCUGCGAAGGAGGCGGCGGCGGUGGCUGAGGAAGAGGAGUGGCGGCAGCGGCGGCGGGGACCCGUGCGGGGAUGGCGGAGGUACCGCCUGGGCCUAGCAGCCUCCUCCCACCACCAGCACCUCCGGCCCCGGCGGCGGUCGAGCCCCGCUGUCCCUUCCCGGCGGGGGCCGCCCUCGCCUGCUGCAGCGAGGACGAGGAGGACGACGAAGAGCACGAAGGCGGCGGCAGCAGGAGCCCGGCGGGCGGAGAGUCGGCGACGGUGGCGGCCAAGGGGCAUCCGUGCCUCCGCUGCCCUCAGCCACCGCAGGAGCAGCAGCAGCUCAACGGAUUGAUUAGCCCCGAACUGCGGCACCUCCGGGCGGCCGCCUCCCUCAAGAGCAAGGUCCUGAGCAUAGCAGAGGUGGCCGCGACCACGGCCACCCCUGACGGAGGCCCCAGAGCGACUGCAACAAAAGGAGCCGGGGUACACUCGGGCGAGAGGCCCCCUCACUCCCUCUCUAAUAAUGCAAGAACUGCGGUCCCCAGCCCGGCGGAGGCAGCGGCGGCGAGCGAUCCCGCGGCGGCCCGCAAUGGACUGGCCGAGGGCACCGAGCAGGAGGAGGAGGAGGAGGAAGACGAGCAGGUGCGGCUGCUGUCUUCGUCCCUGACCGCCGACUGCAGCUUAAGAAGCCCUUCGGGCAGGGAGGUUGAGCCUGGGGAGGAUCGGACGAUACGAUAUGUCCGAUAUGAAUCCGAGCUACAAAUGCCCGAUAUCAUGAGACUGAUCACCAAAGAUCUGUCCGAACCCUACUCCAUUUAUACCUAUAGAUAUUUUAUCCACAACUGGCCACAGCUGUGCUUCUUGGCCAUGGUAGGGGAGGAGUGUGUAGGUGCCAUCGUUUGCAAGUUGGAUAUGCACAAAAAGAUGUUCCGCAGAGGUUAUAUAGCCAUGUUAGCCGUGGAUUCCAAAUACAGGAGAAAUGGCAUUGGUACUAACUUGGUUAAGAAAGCUAUAUAUGCCAUGGUUGAGGGAGACUGUGAUGAGGUUGUUUUGGAAACCGAAAUAACAAAUAAGUCCGCUUUGAAACUUUAUGAAAAUCUUGGUUUUGUUCGAGAUAAGAGGCUGUUCAGAUACUAUUUAAAUGGAGUUGAUGCACUGCGACUUAAACUGUGGCUGCGUUGAGAAACUGACAUCAAGGAACAACUUUCAUCCACACAGAAUCGACCUUUGCAUGCAAUGCAAUUUGUACAGAAUUGCUUUGCAGGUGGAUUUAGUAAUUUCCAUGCAGCUCUUACCUGUCAGUGUCUCAUUGAGUGUCGCACAAUAUUUGUUGCACUUUGGCAUGGCGCAUUUGUUCUGAAUUAAAAGAUUGUUUUAAACUUCAGGAGUUCUUUUGGUACCAACAAGAUGUGCCAGUUGAUAGCCAAGAUUUAUGUGUUCAUUUGCAAAGUCUGCUGACAAUGUUAUUUACACAGUGAUCAUUUUAUCACAGAACCAGUAAGUGGAACAUAAUUUUUGUUCCUUAAAAAAGCCAAUGUGGAUUGUAAAAGUCUCUAAGUAUACUAACAUUUUACACGAAACCUGCCCUAGCUUUCUGAAGGGGGUGAGGGAGACGCUUCAGUUUUAGGUUUUAUUUUUUCAAUAUUAAAUUUUCCAUUCUUGAAUAUUGGUACCUCAGUGAUUAGUGAAUGAAAAAAAUGUAGGGUGGGGUAUGUCUUACAAUGAGUAAAGGUAACAAUUAAAUUUUGUCUGCCAGUGCCUGUGUAGAUAAGUAUAUUUGUCUUCAUCUCUAGUUUUUGAAUGCAUGCUAUCUUUUCCUUUUCUUUAAGGCCUUUGCAAGCAAACUUUUGUUUUUAUUUAAAUUCUAAAUUUGAUAAAUUAUUUCAGAUUUUUAUAAUUUGGAUACUUUUUUCAGGUGAAUGAAAGAAUGCUUUACUUUAGAAGUCCCUUUUUCCUUAUAGUAACAAGUUGAAUCUACUUGGAAAAUUGAGAAAUGGCUCAAAAGAGAUAAGAAAAGUUGAUGGAGCCGGGAAUUGCUGGGUUUUAGAUGCACUUUUUCUUUUGAGAGUAAGGGAAGUUUUGGAAAAGAAUAGAAAAUUAGUGUAAAUUGAUAUGAUUUUAUUUAAUCAAAAUUACUGCUACGCUGCGAAGAACAGCUUUUACAAAGUAGCUGAAUUUGUUUUUCCCACUUGAUUUGGAUUCACAUUGCUUUCAUUUCUUAAAAUGCUUCACUUUAGGUUCUUGGUCUUGGAAAUAAAUUUCAAGGUGCAUUGUAUCCAUUUUAAGCUGCUUUAUUUUAUUUUCACUUGUAUGAGCAAAUUCUUGGGGGAGCUUUGCUUUUCUUCUGCCAGAAAAACAAAAGGGGGAAAUGAAAAUCUUUUUUGGAAUGAGUUCUGUGGGUUUUCUUAACAGCCACCAUGUUUAUUAGUUACAUUGUGUUUUGGCCAAUCAGUGCAAUGUAACAAAUUUUAAAGUUAAUUGCUUUCAAUUGAGUCAGUAAACCUGUGAUAGAUAAUUUAACUGGAAAACCUAGGUACCCAUAAGAAAAAAGAUUCAUUUUCUGUGAAAACUGUAGGAAUCUGUUGUUGUUUUCAUUUGAAUAUGCUCUACUUCUGCUCUAGUAUUUGGUUUGGAAUAUAUUUUGUGGCUCUAAUUACUGUAUUUUUAAAAACCCUACCUCCAUUAACAGUUGGUAAAGGCCCCUUUUCAGGAAAGUUUGUUGCUUUUUUUUUUUUUUUUUUUUAAAGGAAAGCUGCUCUUUGCUCAGUAUAGUGUUUUGAAAGUGAACAUAGUAACAAAUACUUUAAAAAUAAAGAUACACAAUUUAUAUUUGAAAAUAAAAACUUUCUGCUGGUGGGAUUAUUUAUAGUUCUUUAUUUUUAAAGAAAGUGUUUUCCAUUUUAUAUUGCUCUUGAAAGUGUAAUGGGCAGAAUACAAUACUAGUUAUAAUAAAAAUAUGGUAACCACACAGUACUCAGCCUUUCAGUAUGUUUUUGGUCAAACUUCAUUUAGGCACUAGCAUUUAGAAGAAUACCAACCACAGUGAUGCUUUUGUUAUUUAAUAUGAAGGAAAUUGAACUAAAACAUAUUUAUGUCAUCAAAUUUUAUUUCACUUCUUUAUAUUUGACUUGCUGGUUGAUACAUAAUGGUUGAUGAGCAUAUAUUUGCUUGAAUCACUAAUGGAGAUGGUUGUAAACUAGAUAGAUGGUAGGUCAUUGGUUCAACCAUUUUAGUGUUUUUGCCAGAUUGUCAAUUAAACCAUCAUACUGAUCUUUUCCUCCAAAAUUGCUGAAUUGACUGAACUGGUUGGGUGUUUGUAAACAUGACGUUAACUGUGUGACUAAAAAGUCAGAUGGUUGCCAUAUUGUUUGGUGUAUGUUGAAUGUCAGUGUAUGCCUUAUGUCUUUAAUUGGGUAUGCAAAAAAAUUUUUACUUAACUAGAUUAAAAUUUUAACCUCUAGCAUGAAAACCUAGCACCAACACUGAAAGACUCCAUUCAGGUUGAAGUAGCCUCAAACAGUAAUUUACUUUUUGAUAAUAGGCUGCUGUUUUUCUUAAAUAAGCUUAAAACAAUUCUAUCUGAAAUUGGUAGCAUGGGUUCACUUGGCUAAAACUGAGCAAAAUAGGUGCAACUUUCUUUUAAUGGGGUGCUGCCUCUUUAGGACUGACUGUACUACCCACUGACACUGGUUUGGCAGUUGGUACUGCUGAACAUUUUUAUACAUGCUACCAUGAAGCUAUAUAUGUUAGUAUUGAAGAAGCUAACGGGUAUGCUAUCAUUUUUGAUGUGUGGGCUGAUUGUAAUUUCCUGUAUUUCCUGUACAUUGGGAUGAAACUACUUUAGCAAAGUCCACAGAUCAGAAACCAGACAGUAGUUUUUGAAGUUGAAACCAGCAAAAUAAGAAAAAAUAAAAAAUCGAUUUUAAUAUUUUCUGCCUUUUUCCCAAAUUACCGUUCCCACUUGCUUGACAAAUCUAUGUAAAGCAGUUUGUUUUUCAUGUUUUAACUUUACCUUGCCCUGUGUUAUGGUACUGGCUGACAUGUCUAAGACUCGAUGUGUAUAUUUAUUAUGGUGUCUAAAAAUCAUGAAGUUCAUCACUUUUCAGGAGUAUAGAUAAAAUCAAAUUGGUAGUGCAUCAGAGUUACUUUUCAGUGCACCAUGACAUCACUAAAAUGAGUGCUGUAAUGUUACAGGGCUUUCAGGUUUGUAAAAACAUAACCAUAAAUUAUAUUGACGUCAGAUAUGAGUUGAGUAUCUAUAAAAUAUCACGUGUAUCUCAAAAUAUUGGACUGCUGUUUGACUGGAUAUUGCUGCAUAAUUUUCUUCUAUUGUCCCAUAUCCUUUUGGAGAGAGAUUUAAUGGGAUUUGAAAUGUGCAAGCUGUCUAAAUAAGAUGCAGUCAAAUAAAGUAUGGUUAAGUUG